AUGGCACAUGUCAGGCCAUACCGCCACCAGGACUUUGACAACUGCAUCAGGAUAUUCCGCGAAACAGCCGAUGAGUCUCUCCACUUUGAGCCUGGCCUGACGAUCGGCUCAUAUCUGUGGUGCCGCCCGUAUCUCCAUCUAUCACCCUCCACAUGCUUUGUGCUCGAUGACGGCUCGGGACAGGCGGUGGGCUACUGUAUAGGAACCGAAGACACUGCUUCCUUCUGCCAAGCGUGGCGAGCGGACUACCUACCUUCCCUUAGCAGUGAUCUCGAUCCAUCGGUCUUUCACCACGCUGGCCUGGAAGAUCAGCACCCUAAGGUUGCCUCCCUCCUCGACUCGUUGUGGAAUGAUGUGGAGGGAGGUUGCAAUGGAUCUGUGGAUGGCCUGUGGAAGAUGUACCCCRGCCACCUUCAUAUUGAUAUAUUGUCUACUCAUCAACGGAUGGGCCAUGGGCCACUCCUCAUCCAGUCUUUACUCUCUGUUCUGAAGGUCAAAGGUUGCAAAGGUGUUCACAUGGGUGUCGUGGCUAGUAAUGUUGGCGCACUGAGCUUCUACGAACGAAAUGGGUUCCGGAGGUAUCCUGCAGUGGCGGAGGGAGGCGAAAUCGGGAGGGUAGGCGGUACUGUUAUUAUGGUUGAGAACUUGUGA